CCCGUUUACCCCUUUCGAUAUAAACCGAAGCCGCAACCCUCGCGCUUCCGCCGCCACACUCGUCGGAGCACACUCGCCGGAAAACACUCCCCGGCAAAAAAAGAAAACCUCAAAGACUAACCCGAGUCGUUAUAGUGGGUUGGAGUGAACGAAAAGAAACAAAGGCAAUACAAAAAGGGCAAACACGAAUACACGGUUUUCAUUCUUUCACCACUCUUGUUUCCUUUUACGACGUCGUUAUGGAACUCAAGUUUAUGCAGUUUUCGCAACACGUUCUUCCUCAUUCCCCUUCUUCAUCUCAAACCCUCGCUUCUGCACUCUCUUCCCCUUCAUCGUCCAAAACGCGAACCCUAGUGUGUCGUUUCGUGAAUCGCUCGAGCCUCUUUCCGACCACCACCCGCCUUCUUCGGAGAACCAAAUCGUUUGAGCACCACGCGCUUUUCACGCGCAGGGGGAGUUUGAGAAGGGCUUGCAGCGCUAGCUUGGAGCCUUUCUCCGACGAAGAGUUCGCGAAGAAGAUUGAAGAUCUCGCACUCAAGUUUCAGCUCUCUGAUGAAAAUACCAACGCGAACGAUUUGGAUUCGGAGGAUUUUCAGGAGAUUUCUCUGUCGUCGUUGAAUUUCGCUGAGGAGUUCGAGCCGCCGGAGGAGAUUUUUCCGGCAAACAUCGAACGGAAAGCGAACAGCGUUGAGCUUCCGUUUUCGCUGAGGAUAAUCAAGAAGAAGCUGCAGUGGAAGGAAGGGUUCAGAGAGGCAGGGGAAUCCGCGUAUUGCUCUGUCAAGAAAGCGUUCUCUUCCAUGGUUUUUAUCAUCAGGGAGCUUCACAGUUUCACUAUGCAGAUGAGGGAGUUUUUGUUCUACGAAGAUCUGCAAGGGAUUCUCGAAAGGGUGCAGAACGAAAUGCACGCGUCCUUCGUGUGGCUGUUCCAGCAAGUUUUCUCUCACACUCCGACUCUGAUGGUGUAUGUGAUGAUUCUCCUAGCGAAUUUUACGGUUCACUCAAUGGGGAACAACGCCGCCAUCGCCGCCGUGGCUCCGCCGCCGGUAACAUCAGUCGUGGAGGCUCACGACCAAAGGGGUCAUAUUCAGAGUCAUAACAUUGAUUCCUCUUCCAUCAAGACGUUCUCUGUUUCGAACGGUAAAAACACAGCCUACGUCGGUGGAGGAAAUGGCGGCGGCGGGAAGGUCCGUCCGGCGGGGAAUGGAACCGAUGGGGACGGCCGGUUCGACAGGUCGCGACACGGUACGGUAUUCUCCGACGGCGGUGCUUCGUCGCAGGUAUAUAAAACAGGGGAUAAAACAGAGUCAGUGUCAGGGCAAGAGGAGGAGGAAGAGUUGAAUCUGUGGAACGCGAUGGUGGAAGAGGCUUCGAGAAUGGAGGGUUUGGAUCGCGAUGUUAUGAAACGGUUCGUUUCGCCGGUGAUGGCGAGAAUUGAAUCCGAUGACUAUGCAGAGUAUCUGAGAACAGAGCUUGUGUACCAAACUGGGUUGUCUCAAGACCCCAGCAACACUCUCCUCCUUGUCAACUAUGCCCAGUUCCUCUACCUCGUUGUUCACGAUUUUGACAGAGCGGAAGAGUUGUUCAAGAGAGCGAUAGAGGUGGAGCCACCAGACGCAGAGGCAUAUAAUAAAUACGCCAAGUUUCUAUGGAAAGUGAAGAACGAUUUGUGGGCUGCAGAAGAAACCUAUUUGGAGGCUAUUUCAGCUGAUCCUGAUAACGCAUUCUAUGCUGCUGACUAUGCUCAUUUUUUAUGGAACACUGGUGGUGAAGACACAUGCUUCCCUUUAUCCUCCCCAGACAACUCCAAAGAAGUUUAAUCAACAAAAACAAAAUCAAAUUGUAGAAAAAAUAUAGAGAAGAAAAGAAAAGAAAAGAAGAAAAUUUUGUAGCUUAUAUUUUUUUUUUCAUGUUACAUUUUUUCAUUGGGGUGGAUGAGAUGAAGAGCCACGAAGGGGGAUUGGGAAUGUAAUCAAUAUGAUUAUUGUAUCACUUUUGUAAUUAUAAGUGUACAUAUAAGUCUUAAAAUGGCUUCUUCUUAGUUUAAUGGGCACAUGCAUGUUCAUCUUAGAGUGA